AUGUUGCAACUCGGUGCCAGCACCGUUAUCCUUUUGUUUUUAUGCCUUCAACCGCUUAUUGUUUUCAUUACAGCAGCCGGCGCGCAGACACCUGAAGGUCAUCAGCGUCUUCCGCCCCAGCACAGCCACCGCGCCACCUUCCAGCUGCGAGCCCUCCAUCCUCUCCCAAUGCACCCACGCCAGCCCUCGGGAAUCUUCUCUGCGUUUGCCGGUGGGAUGUGCAGCGACCCACGGGACGUUCUGACUCGCACCAACGCAUACCGGCUGCAGCAUCGAGUGCCACCGCUCAUGUGGGAUGUGGGCCUGGCGCAAACGGCCCAGGCCUGGGCGGACAGGCUAGCCGCGAGAGGCUGCGCUCAGGACCAUGACCUCAGCGUCGAAGUGGGCGAGAACAUAUUUGUCGAACAGCGUUAUCCGCCGCCCGACGCCACUUGUGCCGGAGCUGUAGAUGCCUGGUACAGCGAACGCCCGGCGUUUGACUUCAGUAAUAAGGACCGCCUGUACACGGACAACAGAGAGAGCGGCGCGUUCCACUUCACCCAGCUGAUCUGGCUCAGCAGCAGCCGCCUUGGCUGUGGCAUGGCCAGGGCGACUAUCGAAGUGGACUUUGGCCGUUUUAAGUCCAUGGGCGGCUGCAAGGUCGUCGUAUGCCGAUACCUAGCACCGGGCAACACUGUGAACGAUAAAGUCUUCAAAGGAAAUGUCUUUGAUGCCGUUCCCCCCGUGGCGCCAGCAUCUGCGGUGCAGCAGUCACCGUCGCCCAUCUCGUCACCACGCCGCUUCUUGCGGUGA